CGGGUGUAGUGCAUGACACAUGUAGGUAGUGCCAAUGUGCCAUCUGUAUGUAGGGGUUCAUAAUCCGUGGUAGUCUGUCACGUGCUUCAAGCUUUUAGGGUUCUCCUACUCCUAGCGGGUCCUAGCUAAAGUGAGAUUUGAUUUUCCCAUCCCACAUUCGGCUAUUUCCCGGGACUUUCCUAAACCCACAAAAUAUUUGUUUCUAGCACUAAGGCAAAAGAAAAAGUCGAGCAUUUCCACUCGCACACAUUUUCUAAAUCUUCAAACCUCCCACCCACGACUUACAAUUGAUUUCUUACCACACCACAAGAAAUUCAAUUGAAGAUGUCGCACCGUAAGUUCGAGGCUCCUCGCCACGGCUCUCUGGCUUUCUUGCCGCGAAAGCGUGCUGCCCGUCAUCGCGGAAAGGUCAAGUCGUUCCCCAAGGAUGACCCCAAAAAGCCUGUCCAUCUUACUGCCGCCAUGGGCUACAAGGCCGGCAUGACCACGAUCGUUCGUGACCUCGACCGUCCCGGUGCAAAGUCGCACAAGAAGGAAGUUGUUGAGGCAGUCUCAAUUAUUGAUACUCCACCCAUGAUUGUUGUUGGUCUCGUGGGCUACAUCGAGACACCCCGAGGUCUCCGAUCACUCACCACCGUCUGGGCCGAGCAUCUUAGCGACGAGAUCAAGCGUCGAUUCUACAAGAACUGGUACAAGAGCAAGAAGAAGGCAUUCACCAAGUACGCCAAGAAGCACUCUGAGACCAGCGGCUCUUCCAUCACCCGCGAGCUUGAGCGAAUCAAGAAGUACUGCACAGUCGUCCGUGUCCUCGCCCACACGCAAAUCCGCAAGACACCUCUCAAGCAGAAGAAGGCCCAUCUUAUGGAAAUUCAAGUCAACGGUGGCUCCAUCGCCGACAAGGUUGAGUUUGGUAAGGGUCUUUUCGAGAAGCCCGUCAGCGUCGACUCCAUCUUCGAGAAGGACGAGAUGAUUGAUGUCAUCGCCGUUACCAAGGGUCACGGCUUCAACGGUGUCACAGCUCGAUGGGGUACCAAGAAGCUGCCGCGCAAGACCCACAAGGGUCUCCGAAAGGUCGCUUGUAUCGGCGCUUGGCAUCCGUCCCACGUCCAGUGGACUGUUGCCCGUGCUGGUCAGAUGGGUUACCACCAUCGUACCUCGGUCAACCACAAGGUUUACCGUAUUGGCAAGGGCGACAACCAGUCCAACGGCUCUACUGAUCAAGAUGUCACCAAGAAGACGAUUACUCCUCUCGGUGGCUUCGUCCGAUAUGGUGAGGUCAAGAAUGACUUCGUCAUGGUCAAGGGCUCCAUCCCCGGUGUCAAGAAGCGUGUGAUGACGCUGAGGAAGUCCAUGUUCAUUCACACUUCAAGAAAGGCGUUGGAGAAGGUGGAGCUGAAAUGGAUCGACACAUCUUCCGAGUUUGGUCACGGUGCCUUCCAGACACCUGCCGAGAAGAAGCAAUUCCAGGGAACGCUCAAGAAGGACCUCGUCCAGAGCUCAUAGAGAGCUUUUCGUUUUCCUGUAUUAAGUCUUUUGCAUCGGUGUUCCUGGUUCCCUUUUCCGCUAUUGCGAUGGGCAUGGUCUAGGGUUGGCAUUUGAGUCUUAAAAAGGAAGAUAAUGAACAAAUGCAUGAACAAAGUUAUGAUCAUUAUAUCCCAUUCGUGACAUGAAAAAUAAUUCCAC